UGAACGCGUGCUAGGGAUUUCUUGGUCAAGCCAUGGUCAAUGGGGAGUCAAUUUCUUUCUGCCCCCUUUCUUUCCAUGUUUUUACCAAAAUGCCCCUCGACCUCACCUGAAACGGCAAAAUGCCAAAAACCCGCUUCGAUCAUCUUGCUCCAAAGCUUACCCCUUUCGGGCUUUCUCCUCAUCGCUUCUCUUCUCAUCUCCACCCGUGAAGAGCGAAUUGCUCAAGCCCUAGGAGGCGACGAGGGGGAGUACGGCGAGGGGGGGAGGUCGCGGGGAUCGUCGUCGGCGGGAGGAGGCGCGGCGGGGCUGCCGGUUGCUGCUGCGCGCCCCCCUUUGCUUCGUUCGCGCAUGGGAGAAGAGGAGGCAAUGGUUUGCACUACCCAAGAUACUCAGAGAAGGAGGCUUGAAAAGGAAAAGCAUGGCAAAACUGUCGAUAAGGAAACACAGAAGGUGAGCUGUAAUUACUGUGGGAAGGUGGUUAGGACAUACAACCGUCUGGAGCACCACUUAGCGGGCAUCAGGGGCAAUGUUUAUCCUUGCAGCUUAGUACCUGACAGUGUCAGGCAAAGCAUAAAGAGUUCACUAGAGGCUCGCAAGAAAGAUUGGAUAGCCCGAAAAAUAGGAAAACAUAAAUCUUCUGAGCUUCCUCCAGUAAGAAAUCUAUCCCUCACAUCUGCUCAUGCCUGCCGACCUCUUUUGCAGCCAAUUACAUCCGGUACGGAUCAAGAAGGCUCUGUUAGUUGGCACCGCUGCUUUGUUCACUUCACAAAUAAUUUGGUGCAGCCCGGGGAAACUACACAAGUAAAUGCCCAUGAUGUUUCUUGCAAUGCAAGUUCAUCUCAGAAGGGAGGCCAGACUAUAGAAGUAACUAGGCCUCCAUAUCAAAAUCCGUGUAUGAUGAAUAAGCCACCGGAAAUAUCUUCAGGGCAGAGAAUUGAUCCAUUGAGUUUCUCUAUGGAGAAUUCUUCAUCACAGAUGCAAGAUUCGGAAUCCUCAAAGGAGCCAACUAAUGAUUACUUGAAUUCUCAGGCAAGAAAGUCAAUAGGCAAGCUCAUCUUUGAAGCUGGACUUGAGCCUGGUAUUCUCCACUUGCCAUCUUUCAAGGACAUGGUUGAUGUGCUUGCCUGGGCCCAGGUGGCAAUCCCUACUUAUGAAUCGAUUAUGGAGGAGCAACUAAGAGAAAUUCAAUGCCAUGCAAGGGAUCUCAAGAAACACUGGGAAAUGAAUGGCUGCAGUGUAAUUUUGGAUACCUGGGAGAGUCGAUGUGGUAAAAGCUUCAUUAGUGUUUUGGUGCAUUGCAGUAAAGGCAUGUUGUUCAUCAAAUCAAUGGAUGUCUCUGAUAUCAUUGAUGACGUGGAUGAGCUAGCAGUAAUGCUUUUCCGUGUGGUGGAAGAGGUUGGUGUCCUCAACAUUGUUCAGGUUAUCACAAAUGAUGAGUCACCUUAUAUGCAAGCAGCAGAGCAUGCCGUGCUAAAGAGAUAUGGCUACUCGUUCUUCUUCACACUAUGUGCUGACCAUUGCAUCAACCUUCUGCUUGAGAACAUAGCAGCACUUGAUCAUGUCAAUGAGGUCCUAAUCAAGGCAAGAGAAAUUACCAGGUUCAUUUAUAGCCAUGCAGUGCCAAUGGAACUGAAAGGGAAGUAUAUUCAGGGCGGCGAGAUUCUGAGCAGUUCUAAUUUAAAAUUUGUGGCAAUGUUCAUCACAUUAGGGAAGUUAGUAUCUGAGAGAAUAAAUUUGGUGGAGAUGUUUAGCUCGCCUGAAUGGGCUUCCUCUGAUUUGGCUUCUAGAAGUUCAUUCAGGCAUGUCUAUGAAGUAGUAAAAACUGAUAAUGCAUUUUGGAGUGCUGCUGCUGAUAUUUUGAAGCUUACGGAUCCACUUAUCACUGUGUUGUACAAACUGGAAGCUGAUAAUUGCCCAAUAGGUAUCUUGUAUGAUGCUAUGGAUUGCGCAAAAGAAGACAUAAAGUGCAAUCUUCGAGACAAACAUGGUGAUUAUUGGCCUAUGGUUGAUGAGAUAUGGGAUCAUUACUUGCAUACCCCAGUCCAUGCUGCCGGUUAUAUUCUGAAUCCAAGGAUCUUUUACACAGAAAGAUUCAGUUAUGAUACUGAAAUCAAAAGUGGGACCAAUGCCUGUGUAACCCGUCUGGCCAAAAACCAUUAUGAUCCUAAGAAAGUGGCCAUACAAAUGGAUAGGUAUCGACGCAAAUCAGCUCCUUUUGAUUCAGACUCAGCAAUUCAGCAAACAAUGGAAAUACCACAAGUUCGUUGGUGGUCGGCACAUGGGACUGACACCCCUGAGCUGCAAACGUUUGCGAUCAGGAUCUUGAGCCAAACAUGCUUCGGUGCUUCCAUAUACAACAUUGACCGGAGCAUAUCCGAGCAGCUGCAUGUUGUGAAGAGGACAUAUCCUGAGCAAGAGAGGUUCAGAACGAUGGAGUAUCUACACUACAAUCUUCGCCUCGCCCAUUGUGAGCCAUGCGUACGCGGUGCUUCUGGGGCUCAACAGCAUAGUAGGCUCACUAGUCAACUGGGUGACUGGAUCUCAUCAGGGCAGACCACCUCCUAUUACAAGUGAGAAAGUGCUAUGGUCUGGAGCAGUGCUUUCAGCUCUUUUUUGGGUCUUUCUGGCAUUAUGCUUAUCCUCCAGACUCUGACAAAGCAUUUCUUAGUGCUCGUACUAUGCUGUUUCUUUGUUGGAUUACCUGGUUUAGUUUCAGUCAAAUCACCUCUGUAGUUUAACCAUGUUACAAAAUGGAAAACGACAGGUGAACAUAGUGUUUUGGUGGCAUUACCUGUGUUGAAUUACCCUCCUUGUUUACUCUCAUUUAUGAUAUCGACAUAUGGCAUUAUAUCUAAUACAUGCUUUCUCUGUUAAUACAAAUA